AGUUGAUAACAGUUUUUUCUUUUUCUUUUGCUAAUAGAACACUGUGAGAGGGAGAUGCGUCCACGUGAGCCAUAGAAAUUUGCCGUUAUAUUUUUUUCCUUUGAAUAGAUAUAGGUAAUAUUCUUGAGCUAUAUUGAAUAUCACCGCUUAUAUAUACGUGUGAGACGCAGCUGGUAUAUAUAUACAUAUAAAUACGUACGUUGUAACGAAGUUAUUAACAAAAAAAAAAAGAGCUACGUUGUAAGUAUCUGAGUUAGUUUGAGUAAUGGUACAAGUGAUGAAGGAGUCAAAGGCAGAAGCCAUGUUGAACAAGUACCACUUCCACUACUCCAGCUUGCAGCUCAGUUCGAACCAGUGCAGCUCGAGCCUGACCCAAACCAUAGACGCUCCAAUGAGCCUGGUCUGGUCCCUGGUCCGCCGCUUCGCCUAUCCCCAAGUCUACAAGCAGUUCGUCAAGAGCUGCAGCAUGCGCUCGGGCACCGGUGGCAUCGGGAGCGUGCGCGAAGUCACCAUCAUUACGGGGCUGCCCGCCGAACAGAGUGUCGAGAUGCUUGAAGAGCUCGACGACGACACUCGAGUCAUGUCGUUUCGCAUAAUCGGCGGGGACCACCGCCUGGCCAAUUACAGGUCGACGAUUUCGGUCCAGGAGGAGGAGGAGGAGGAGGAGGAAGGUGGCGCCGCUAGUAAGACGGUGGUGGUGGAGUCGUACGUGGUGGAUGUUCCCGCCGGAAGUAGCGUUGAGGAUACUUGCACGUUCGCUGAUACCAUUAUACGGUGUAACCUUUCGUCAUUGGCUAGAAUCGCUCAAAAAAUGGCUGCUGAUGAAUGAACUUCUUUUUUUUUGUUUUUGUCGUUUUGGUCAUUAAGUUGUCGUAUACGUUUAAUUAGUUCUUCUUUCUAUUGCUAUUUAUUAAUAUUAGUAUUGCUUUUUACGAGGACAAAAAAACAAGAAGAAGAAGUUUUGUUCUCUUUGGAUGAGUGAAGUAGUUGUGGAUGUGUUUUUGUGUAACAGAUAGAUGAUGAGCAAGAAAGAUAGAAAAGUAGUUUAGGAGAAUCGAGAAAGAUGUCACUUUCUAAAUAUGUGUGUAUAAUAUACAACUCAUUUUUGCUAGUGAUGGUUUUUAUUUUUUAUUUUUCUCAAAUAAAUUAAUCUAACUUCAUUAAUUUGAAAUAUCCUCCAACAAGAGAGGUAAUAAUUCAGAUAAAACGUCACUCCCCAAAUAAUACAGUCAGUUUGAGAAUAAGAUGCUCGAGUAAGGUAAUACUUAUCUUUGCAGACAAUUUAAUAGAAAAUACAUCAACAUUACAAUAGCUACUUAACAAUCUUUCACCGUCAUUAAUUAUCAAACCAAAAGAAGACACCAUAGGAUGGCUUGAACUACAUUCAAGCAAUCAGUCUCCACAACCAUUGACUGCCAUGAACACCUCUUUAUCCACCUUAAUGCUUCUUUCACUCCUAAAGCUUCAGUUUUAUUGGGCUUCGCCCGGCUCUGGAGCCUGUGCCUAGGACCCCACGUAAUGAGAACUAAUUUUUUUUACAAUACCUUUU